AUGUCGUCCGCUGUCGCUUCCAACGUCACCGCUGCUGGCCAGCGUGCUGGCAAGAAGGCCGCCGCUGCUCCUGCUGCCGUCGCCACCAAGGCCAACAAGAUCGAGAACGUCCGCUACUCGCACCGCAAGGCUGCUGCGUACGAUGAGAAGGACAUUCCCACCUUUGACGUGCCUUCGUUCACUCUACAUCGACCCCACUGUCGCUAG